CACCACUAAAAACAAUAGGUUAAGACAUAGGGCUUAUAUGUCAAGUGAUCCAACAAUAACUGGCAAACAAUGGCUUAAUGAUGACUUGGAUGACUCCGUACGGGACAACUAUAUGGCUGAGAUACCAGUGUCCGCUAGAGUCAGUGCCGCCAGAAAAGAGACUAAUAUAAAAUUUACAUUUGGCAACACAUCCGUACAGACACAGUCUUCGGCGAAAGCCAUCAAAGUUUCGCCAAACAAUUGUGGACUAUCGACGGCCUCGAAGUUCAUUGUGAACGGUACCAGAGCCAGACAGGGAGAGUUUCCCUGGAUAGUAGCCAUUUGGCUACGGGGCCGUUAUCACUGUUGCGGCAGUCUUAUCAACAAAUGGUGGAUCAUAUCGGCCGCCCAUUGUUUUGAUCAAAUCAGAGCACCCGAUGCCUAUCAGAUAGGACUGGGCAGUACACAGAAAUUGGAGGCUUAUAUAUAUUUGUUGGAUAGGAUCAUAGUUCACAGCCGAUAUAACUACAACGAUAUGAAAGCAUCGGACAUAGCACUGGCCAAACUGGCCAAACCUAUCGAAUACACCGAACAGGCGGCAGCUGUUUGUCUGCCAACAUUUCCCUACGAGGAACCAAAAUAUAGACAAUUUUAUGUGGCCGGUUGGGGUCGGCUUAGCUAUUUUAAUCCGAACAUACCCAAUGAGCUGCAAGUGGUCAAACUUGAUCUGGAUCAAAUCAACCAUUGUGCACAGGCAUAUCAACCACAAACUAUCUACUAUUCCCAGUUGUGUACUUUGACUCAAAAUAAAGAUGCCUGUAGUGGCGAUUCUGGCGGUCCGUUAGUUGAGUAUAUAAACGGUAGGGCUGUCCUAGUUGGUAUUGUCUCAUUUGGCUUAAAUUGUGCCGAUAUUAGAUAUCCCGGUGUCUACACUAAAGUAUCAUAUUUUUUAAGUUGGAUUCAACGAAAUAUUAAUGAAAAAACUAAUUAA